AUGCUCAGAGAACCCAAGUUAGAUCUGAAUAAAGCAAUAGAGAUGUGCAAAAACAGUGAAAUUAUCAAGUCACAGCUGCAAAAAUUGGGCAACGACAGAGAGUCGGCUAAUUAUACUCUUAAGAGCAAGAAAGGCAAGCCUAAUUCGAAGCAUCUGAAGACUGAAAAUGAAGAGUCCGGACAGAAAGCGCCUUUUCAGACCUGUAAAUAUUGUGCAGGAAAACACAAGCUAGAUAGAAAGCGGUGCCCAGCAUACGGUCAAAUAUUCAACAGUUGCAAAAAGAUGAACCAUUUUGCCAAAGUUUGUCAGCAACCCAAGAGAUCUAGCAAAGUGAAUAUGAUGUCGGAUGAGCUAUCAUCAGAAUCUGAAGAGUCACUAUACGGUAUCGAACACACAGUUGGCACGGUGAAGUUGAGAGGUGAGAAAUGGUAUCAAAUCGUACCAAAGCAUCACGUUCAGUACCUUGCCAAAUGGACUGUGGAUCCACAUGUAGCCUAAUCAGCUAUAUCGAAUACUGCAAGAUUGCCCAAGACGGAGAGUCGGAGACCCCCAGCUGCAGAAAUCUACUUCGCUUGUAUGAUGGGUCAGUGAUGAAUGAUACCGAUUGGGAACUUGCCAACUACAUUGCAACCAGAAAGGAAACAACCAUUUGUUCUAUUUUCUAUUGAUCAGAAGCCUUGUGUAUGGGCUAUUAACUGUAGAUGUAAGCGAGACAGUCCAUACAACGAAGCAUGCGAAACCAAAGAUCAACUUUGCUGAAGUCCCAAAGAGACCUGUCACCCACAACUACAUAAGCGCAAACUAUGGAGAUGUGUUCACCGGAUGUGGAUGUUUACCAGGGGAAUAUUACAUUGACAAGAACGUGAUAAAACCUGUACAGCACCAACCCAACCCAAAAGAGUUGCAAUUCCUUUAACGUUGGAAUUAAAGAAGAAAAUCGCAGAACUAGAACAAGGAAUAGUAAUUGCUAAAGUUACGAAAUCUAUACUGAGUGGAUCAGUAGCAUGGUCGCUGUGCGGAAGGUAACAGGGAAGCUGCGAAUCUGUAUUGACCCAAAAUACCUGAACCUAUCAUUGAUGACAUAUUGCCACGUCUCACGAGUGUCAAAAUGUUCUCAGUUCUGGAUGCGAAAGAUGGAUUUUGGCAAGUAAAACUCCAAGAAGAGAGCAGCUAUUUGACAACGUUUUGGACACCCUUUAGAAUAUAUCACUGGUUACGCAUGUCAUUUGGGAUAUCAACAGCACCGGAAGAGUUCCAAAAGGCGACAGCAUGAAGUGUUCAUUUUGUUUGUGCCUAGGGUCGGGAGAUAUACAAGAGAAAUACACUAGGUUCGAUGUAAACCUGAUAGAGUGCCUGCGGUACAGCGAUUUUCGGGUUUCGUCAACUAUUUGGUUACGUGUCUGCCGCAUAUUUCGGAUGUAUGCGAACCACUCAGUCGUCGUACUGAUAAGGAUGCAGUUUGGUGUUGGAUGCCGAAACAUGAUGCAGUCAUUGCGCAUUAAACAGCUGGUAACGAGUCAUCCUGUACUUCGGUAAUAUGAUGUGAAAGAAGAGGUAACCAUACAGUGUGAUGCCAGCGACGUCGGCCUGGGUGCUGUCCUCCAAAAUAGGCAACCAGUGGCUUUUGCUUUAACAUCCUUGACUCCCAUAGCACGCCGAUAUGCUCAAAUCGAAAAAGAAUGCUUGGCUAUCGUAUUCUUGUGCGAGCGUUUUGACCAGUAUAUCUAUGCCUAUGGGAGGCUGAAAGUUAAUGUUAGAACUGAUUAUAAACCAUUGGAGAUCAUCUUUAAGAAGUCACUAUUGACCGCGCCCUGUCGUCUACAACGGAUGUUACUAAGAUUGCAAAAGUACAACCUUGAUGUGACAUAUCAGAAAGGUAAAGAAAUGUACAUCGCAGAUACUCUUUCCGAGGCAGCACCACCUUAG